UUAUGUUGGCUACAUAGGCUACAGUAGGCUCCGGGGCCGACAUGUGGCCGGGAUACUUUCUGAUCCGUGCCGAAUUUACAGUUACGUGCACCCGGAUAAAUCUAGUUUCCAUUUUCGCAGAAGAGAUGACUAUGUCUCUUGAAAUCAACUGAAAAAUCAGAUUAAAAACAACUAGCUAGCUUGAGAGCUAGCAAAUCCGUUCAACGCAUCCCACUUGAUAUCAAAAGGAGGGCUCAUAUCCAAGAUGACUGGUGGUGGGCAGAGUCCAGAGGAUUCGGUAGAUCCAGACCCAGAGCACAACCAGCGUUGCCCCAUCUGUUUGCAUACUCUUGGGCAAUCAGAUCUAGGUGUCCCUGAAGGCUGCAGCCAUGUAUUCUGCCUUAGCUGUAUUAUGCGCUGGGCUGAGGUGGUGUGCUCUUGUCCUGUUGACAGAAGAACCUUCAGUGCCAUCUAUAAAUGGGAUUCCCAACAAGGUUACAUUAAGAUUUCUGUGGUGUCAACAGGCCUGACGAAUAUCAAUGCUGACAUGAGUAAAGUCAUAAAAUGGGAAGAGAAAGAGAAGAAAGGGAGAAUUGACAACGCCAAAGCUAAAUGCCUCAUCAGAAAGGGUGACUCUGACAGGACUACUGCUGUGAGGAAGAAAAAGGCCAGACAAGGAUUCUGCUGCCCACGGACAAUUCCCACACAUCCCUCUUCCCCUUCACCCUCCCAGACAGGAGUCCCACUUGUUGCACUAACCCCCUUAAUUGCUGGACCUUUCAUGUUGUCUGAAGAGGAACCUAUUGAUGAGGUUCCAGAACUGUCUCGGAUGGAAAUUCUAGACUCUCCAUGGUUGUCUACCUCUGCGCCUGUAGCCUCCAAAGGUCUUUUGCGGCAUUCUCCCCAUCCCCAUAUGUGGAGUGGCAAGUUGUUUUCUGAGCGGUCUGUCUCGCUUGUGUCUACCUCUCACGUACCGCUGGCUUCAGGGCAGUUGGUCUUUCAGGGAAGAGUUUGUGCAGUCACCUGUGCGAAAGGAGAGGAUAGGAAAGGCAACAGAACAGCUGGUCCCAAAGGCUCUGGUAAGCAGCAAACCAGGAGAUCAUCUCGUCACAACAAAGUUGAGGAAUCUGCAGCCUCCCAACCCUCACAGUCUGAUUCUGAGCCUUCCUCCUCUGAUGAUGGGUCGGGAAAAACGGGCAAAGUCUCACAGUUGAGUGAGGUGACUCCUACGACAAGCAAGUCGAAAAAGGCACCUAAGCAAAAGCCUCGAUCAAAGCGGAAAGGAGGAGGGGGAAGAGGAAGGGGAAGGGGCCGUCGGCAAGCACCAAGUAACCCAGUAGAGAGUGAAGAGGAAGAAGAGGAGGAGGAAGAGCAGCAGAAGAAAGAGGAAGAUCAAGAAGCAGCUCCUUCAGAAGAGGAAGCGCCUGAAUCUGAGAAAAGGCCAGAUGCAAGCCCCAGUCCAACUCAUGAUUCUAAUGACCAAGUGGUGUCCGAUCAUGAUUCUGAGAUUGAAGAGAAGGAUGUCGAUCAUCCUUCAAGUCCUCAAGAAGGUUCUGUUGAAUCGCCAGACACCAAGGGAAAUCAAGAGAUUGAAAUGGAGUCAGUGAAUGGUGCAGAGUCUCAGGAUGGUCUUAGGGACCAUUCUGAGCCUGCAUCUCCACUUGUAGGGAACCAGAGCCCGGGCAUAACCAGCCACAGCCCUGAAAUGUCGGAGGAAGAAUUAACUUCACGUGAGGAAACUGAAGAACCAGAAAGCUUAGUUUUACCCGGUUCUGUUGAGGAUGUGGCAGAAGCAGUGGAGAUGGCAGAGUCCCAGACGACAGAGGAACCACAAGACAUAGAUAUACCUGACGAACAGCCAAUUACUGAUGACGCAGACGAGGUUACAUCAGAAACGGACCUCCCUGAGGAGAAACCCAAAACCAGUUCUGGCAGUGACGAAGAACCUGAACAGAAUCUGUGUCCCUCAGAUACAGAAGUGGAAAAAGACCCAGAACUGUCAAAUACAGAGGCCUCAGAGCAAGACUUCCAUCAGGACAACACUGAUGCUGUCCCUAUGGACUGUGACUCGUCACGCUCAGAUUUUGGUGACCCCGUUUCUAAUACACCGAAAGAAGAUGAUGACAUUGAGAGUGUUGACACAGUGACCCCAUCUCUUUCUGUCAGCCAUACCUCAGCAAAGGAAGAGAGUACAGAGGCAAGCCAAGAUCAGAAAUUGGAAACCACAGAAGAACAAAAGGGCCCAGAUAAGGGGGGACAGGACAACCGUCAACGCAGAUCACGAUUUCAUUCACCUACUACAACCUGGUCACCCAAAAGAGAAUCCAGGCGGGAAUCAUCACGGAGAUCACGUUCAAGGGAGCGCCACCGUGGUGCUAGCUCCCCAUCAAGGAAUCGUAGCCGAGAACGAGAUGGUGAUCGAGGCAGUUCAAGGCGGCAUCGCAGCAGGGACCGGAGCCGCGACCAUAGCCGAGACCGGAGUAAGGACCACAGCCAAGAACGGAGCAGGGACAGAAGCAGGGAUCGGAGUCGUGAUCGAGGGAGAAAGAGGCGCAGCAGAAGUCGUUCGAAAAGCCGAUCAAGGUCCAGGUCCAGAACUAGACGUGGUCGUAGGAGUUCUCCUGAACGUUCUGAUCAUGGGGGACAGUCCCCAAAGAAAAAGGAUUCAAGGGACAGUUGGAGAGGUGGCAGAGAUUACCGUGGAAACAACUGGAGGGGUGGAGCAGAAAGGCAGGGCCAUUUACCCAGUAGGGAUACAAAUACCUCGGACAAUGGCAAUUUUCCAGAGCGGUCACCAGACAGGGGUCGAUCGGAAAACCCAGACUGGGUAAAGGAGAGGAUUAGGCCAGAGCCUGAGCCUAGAGAUCGAGAACCUCGGUGGGAAGAUCAAGGAGGAGAUUCAGCCUCAGACAACUGGACCCAGGCGGUCGGGGGUCAGAGUGGCUGGAGUUCAGAGCGAAGUGGAGGUGGUCUGGGUCGUGGAAACUUCUGGUCUUCCAGCCAGCAAGGUGAAGCAGCAGAUAACCGACGACCGCCCCGGAGUUUUCCUGGACCGGCAAACAACUCAGGGAACGAUGCGUACAGCCGCUUCAAUGAAAACCGAUUUGGUGGAAGGAGGAAGAUGGAACCAGACUCUGGUGAUAAUCAGUUGGACCGCUCGGGUUGGUCGUCCGCUUCCAACUGGGCGGUGCGAAGGACACUUCCAGCUGAUGUGCAGAACUACUACUCAAGAAAGGAGCGUGGGCCAGGCACUGGAAGUGUAUGGAACAAACCAGAAGAGGAGCAACCAGCAGCAGAUCCCGCCAAAAGUGAGCCAGCCCCCCCCCCCCCCCCUGAGGCUCCGCCUGCCCCUGUGAACGUGAUGGCUCCCCAGCUCAAUGUCCUUGGUUAUCCACGGUACCCAAUUGCUCAAAUGCCCCCUCGUGGCCCGCCAGUCAGCCUCCAGCCUCCCCCCUUUGGGAUGCCUGCCCAUGUUCCUGUACACAUGCACCCUGCUGCACCUCUCCUCCAGGUGCCUGCAGUGGCUGCCCAGGGUCUGCCCCCGCCUCCACCACCACCACCUCCCAUCCAACAGGCUAGUCUAACAGCUAUGCAGGACAAGCUGCAAUCACAGGCGAUGAGUGUCAUCCCAGGUCUUGGUAAGGCCCCCUUCCCACUCAAUCCCAUCAAAGCAGCGGGGAUCCUGGGCCAGGUACCUCCCCAGGCCAUGCCCAGUCUGGCCCAGCCCUCCUCCACCACCCAAUCGUCCACACACAGCAAGACCCAUGCUGACAGCUCCAAAAAGGAGAAGAAGAUCCAGAUUCAGGAAAGAGCCAUUACUGAAGUUAAGACAGCUAUCAAGCCAUACUACCAAAAGAAGGAUAUCACCAAGGAUGAGUAUAAAGAGAUUGUGCGCAAAGCUGUUGAAAAGAUCUGCCAUAGCAAGAGCGGAGAGGUGAAUGCUGAUAAAGUGGCCAAUCUUGUGAAGGCCUACGUGGACAAAUACAAGCACAGCCGCCGGGGCAAAGCAGACUAGUGUUGAGAGGGGAUUCCAUUGCCCCUCGGCGCAAGUGCAAUUUCUUUUCCCAGCAAGGCCUCCCCACAUGAGCCCAGUCAACUGGAUUUCCUGUUUUCGUAUCUCUGAACGAAUCAAGAUUUUUUUCUAUAGAUUGAAUAUUUUUGUUUAAAGUGGAUUUGAUAUAGCGCCGAAGCCCUUUAUUUGAAUAAGAUGCAAAGGGUGUGUACUACUGUAAAUCCAUCAAGACUCCUUUGCAGUGGGGCGGGAGGGGC